AUGACUGACGAUCGGACAAUUACUUCGACUAGUCAUCCGACUAACCCCACAGGCCAUGGGAGCGAUCCCACCAGCUCCGAGGCUCUUCAGUCCAACGACCGAUUUGACGCCCUCGUUCGGGAUCGGGAUACCUUACGCGCGGAAGUGGCAGACAUGCGCAAGUCAUUGGAGGAAAUCCAGUUGAAACACCACGCGGAGAUGGAAGCUCUGCAGGGAAGGCUCGAUGACGCCGAAAACAAGAAAGAACAUGCAGAGUUGCAAUUCCAGAAACUCCUGGAAAGAGUGAACACAAUCAAGUCUCAACUUGGCGAGAGAUUAAGGGAAGAUGCUGAAGAGCUUGCACAGGCAAGAUCGAAGAUUGAUGAAUUAUUGGAGGAAAACACAAGCAUCAAGGAUCAAUACCAAGCGAAGUGUGGCGAGCUCGAGCAAUUGUCGGAAGACAGAAGGAACAUGUCACAGGAGCUUUCGACCUUGCGAGACCGUACAAAUCUGUCCCAGCAAAAUUGGUUGAAAGAGAGGGAAGAGCUCCUGGAACAAGAGAAUUAUCUUCACUCAGAGUUCGAGCAAGCCAAGGAGGCCAUGCACAACUGGGAAGUCCUCGCUAUGGAGGAGCGGUCCAUUCGGGAAACCCUCGAAGUGAAGGUGGUAGAUCUCGAGGAACAGCUUGCAAGCGUCAAAGAUGCCUACGAGAAAGCAUCUACCGAACGUGACUCUCAGGUAGCUGCAGUAGACGGACUACAGCGAGCUUUGCAGGAAAUCCAAUCUGCGCGCAAACAGGAACUUCGUGAGCUCGUGGAGAAUUCCGACGCGCAACUCGAGGAGUUGAAGCAGAGCCUUCAAGAAGCAAUGAAGAAAGCCCUCGACGCCGAAAAAUCUCUUCAAGACGCUCAGGGCGAGCUUGAAAGAGUUCGGCCAUUCGAGAAAGAAGUCAAAGAGAAGAAUCUCUUGAUAGGGAAGCUCAGGCAUGAAGCGGUGACACUCAACGACCAUCUGACGAAAGCUCUGCGCUUCCUCAAGAAAGGGAAGCCGGAAGACAACGUCGACAGACAUAUCGUAACAAAUCACCUCCUGCAUUUUCUUGCUCUUGAUCGAUCGGAUCCCAAGAAGUUCCAGAUCUUGCAACUCAUUGCCGCGCUCCUCGGCUGGACAGAUGAGCAGCGUGAGCAGGCUGGUCUGGCGCGUCCAGGAACAUCGAGCAUUUCUGGAAAAUUGAGAGUUCCAAGCACACCCAUGCAUCGUACGCCAAGCAGCCAAACCUUGGCCUCGGAAUUCCUUGACAAUGGAAACGCAAGUAAAGAAUCGUUGGCGGAGUUGUGGUCCAACUUCCUGGAGCAGGAGUCACAGAAUGCGGAAAUGACACAUCCAAAGCCGUGA